UGAAUUCGCUUUGCUAUCCAACAGACGUUUAACAAAACAAUACUUAGUACAUAUAUAUAUAUAUAUAUAUACAAGUCGCGUGUCGCCUGGUCCCGUCAACCAUGUAUAUACUAUAGUGAAACACAUUUAAAACAUAAUAUAUGUAUAUGCAUACGUACGUAUGUACAUAUUAAUUCAUUUUGAUAGAUACAAACUUUAUACGUAUACCAAAUAUAUACAUAGGUUUGAAUGUACCUCUCUAUAUGCAUAUAUGCUUAUAAAUACAUACACACGUAUAUACGUUUAUGUGUGUAAAUAUUUCGUGACAUUAAUAUGUAUGUUCAUAGGAAUCAAUUUAUGUAUAUAUUUAUCACAUCGCUGGUGGAACUGUCCCGUGCAUAUCUUUACAUACCAAAUAUAAAUAUUUAUAUACAUAGGUUAAUAUCAAUGCUUAUACAUAUUUAUACGUUCAUGUGCAUUUCCAGAGGUAUAUAUACGUAGAAACACCAUUUAAUUGGACAAGCAAAAAACGAGCAUCGAAAAAACAAGAGAAAACAACACGGAAGCCACAACAUAUUAAACUAUACACCAGAUACAAGGGUUGGUAAAGUUUUCUUGCAAAUUUAUUAUCAUAGGCUUGGCGGCUAAGUGCAAAGCACUUUUAUAGACACACACGCACGAUAGAUUUUCUCAAGUGUGCCAUCGCGAUGGCUGCUCCAGCAGCCUGUACGCGUUUUUCGGACAAUUACGAUAUCAAAGAGGAACUCGGAAAGGGCGCCUUUUCAAUUGUAAAAAGAUGUGUCCAAAAAUCAACGGGAUUCGAGUUUGCGGCAAAGAUUAUAAAUACCAAGAAGCUAACAGCAAGAGAUUUCCAAAAACUAGAGCGAGAAGCUCGGAUUUGUAGAAAACUCCAUCAUCCUAAUAUUGUUCGAUUGCAUGACAGCAUACAGGAGGAAAACUAUCAUUAUCUUGUUUUUGAUCUUGUAACUGGUGGUGAACUUUUCGAAGAUAUUGUUGCACGUGAAUUUUAUUCAGAGGCUGAUGCAUCACAUUGUAUUCAGCAAAUAUUGGAAUCGGUCAAUCACUGCCACCAGAAUGGUGUGGUGCAUCGAGAUCUCAAACCUGAGAAUUUACUAUUAGCUAGUAAGGCAAAGGGUGCAGCUGUGAAACUCGCUGACUUUGGUCUAGCCAUUGAAGUACAAGGUGAUCACCAAGCCUGGUUUGGAUUUGCUGGUACUCCCGGUUAUCUAUCGCCAGAGGUAUUGAAGAAGGAGCCAUAUGGCAAAUCGGUAGAUAUAUGGGCAUGCGGAGUUAUUCUCUACAUAUUGCUGGUUGGCUAUCCGCCGUUUUGGGACGAGGAUCAGCACCGCUUGUAUUCACAAAUAAAGGCAGGGGCCUAUGAUUACCCUUCGCCAGAAUGGGACACUGUCACGCCAGAGGCAAAAAAUUUGAUUAAUCAAAUGCUCACUGUGAACCCCAAUAAGCGAAUCACAGCAGCAGAGGCUCUUAAGCACCCAUGGAUUUGUCAACGAGAACGUGUGGCUUCUGUGGUACAUCGUCAAGAGACCGUUGACUGUCUUAAAAAAUUCAAUGCUCGCCGCAAGCUUAAGGGCGCAAUACUGACAACGAUGCUUGCAACUAGGAACUUUUCUAGUAGAAGCAUGAUCACCAAAAAAGGUGACGGAUCUCAAGUUAAGGAAUCAACUGAUUCUUCAAGCACAACAUUAGAGGACGAUGACGUAAAGGAAGAUAAAAAAGGAAUCGUUGAUCGCAGUACCACAGUCAUAUCAAAAGACCCCGAAGCAGCCAGACGACAGGAAAUAAUAAAGAUCACAGAACAGUUGAUUGAGGCCAUCAAUAGCGGUGACUUCGACGGAUAUACUAAAAUUUGUGAUCCACAUCUGACUGCCUUUGAGCCAGAAGCAUUGGGUAAUUUGGUCGAAGGAAUUGAUUUUCACAAAUUCUACUUUGAAAAUGUUCUUGGCAAAAAUUGCAAAGCCAUUAACACUACAAUAUUGAAUCCGCACGUCCACUUACUGGGAGAAGAAGCAGCUUGUAUCGCAUAUGUAAGACUUACGCAGUACAUUGACAAGCAAGGCCACGCACACACUCAUCAAUCGGAGGAGACACGUGUAUGGCACCGGCGCGACAACAAAUGGCAAAAUGUGCACUUUCACCGAAGUGCAUCAGGCAAGAUCAGCGGGGCAACGACUUUCGAUUUUGUAUCACAGAAAUAGGCGGACCACCUAUGCGCCACUGAAGUUAAAAUAUAGCAUCAAUAAUUCGCUCCGAUAGCUUAAUAUGAUCUAUGUUUAUAAAACAUUAUAAGAAACAGCAGCAACAACAACAAUAAGCACUGUUGAUUUGUAAUUGAACAAAACGAAAAUUUAUUAGUUAUAAUAUGAGAAGAAAAUUAAAAAGUGUUCGUUUCCUCUUAUAAAAUAAUCUUUAGUUUCUUUACUGAUCAUAUAUGUUGUCUUCUGCAUUAUAUCAUUGAAUAUUGAAUGUAUGUGUAACUGAAAGUCAAAAGCUUAAUGAAAGCGAAAUUACUACAAAUAUGUAUUGUAUAAAUGGAUGAACGUGUCCAGGAAAUAGUUUACAAGCACUCAGAAAUAAUUUAUCUAAAUGCUUUGAAUAAUUUUAAAAAUAAAGAAUAAUGAAAGCAAGCGGAAUAAAAAAUUUCUCCCGUUAAAUGCAAGUGGAUCGAGAGGAUUUAACCCCCUCCCAAUAUACAUAUAAAUAUUCGAUUAUAACAAUCAAAUUCAAUAUUUAUAUAAUAACUCUCUAGAGUGUUUCUACUACAUAUGCUGAAGAUGGAAAAAAUAUUAAAACUAUAUGCUACUAACAAGUAGUAAAACAUCCAUAUACACACCAACACUUCUUUGCUAUUGAACACACACGCAAGCACAUACGAAGAAAAUUUUACAAUGCGAAUGCAUGUACCAUUAGAAAUAUACUUGUUUAAAAGGAUCUCUACUAGCACACGCAUAUACAGCCGCUUACAUAUAAAGCUUUAGCUAGCUAUCCACUUGUACGCACUUACUACAAGCAUACAUAGAAACAAAUAUGUGUAUCAGUAUGAAUAUAUAAUUGUAUAUGAAAUUGGUUAUACAUGCCGACGUACUUAUCUAAGUAUAAUAAAAACUUCUUAUCAUGUUAUUAACAUUCAAUUUAAAUACUACAAGUGUGAAUAUAUAAAAAUAAAAAAAAUCGAAACAAGAAAACUGCAUAAACGUAUAAAUAUUAUGAUCGGAGUCUCGAUAUUACAAAGCAUUAGUUAAAGAAUAAAUAUUAGCAUUUACAAAUUAAACUAUACCAAAAAUUACAACCAAACAAAAGAGAAAAUAUUAAAAACUAUAGAUAAUUGUUAAAUAAAAUUAUAACUGCAAAUGAUUGGUAUCUGACAUAUUUGAGCCAAAUCUAAAAUAAGUACUGAAUUAAUGGAAUGAAACUGGCCCAGCUCAGAUUCAGGCUUAUACUUAACAGAUCACGAUUCCAGUUGGCCGCUUACAUUACUACUCAUUCUAGGUAAAGACUUUAAUGCGAAUAUCUAAGUUCUUGUAUAAUAUACUUAAUGUGGUUACCAUGCAGCCACAACUACCAUAUGCAACCGAUACUUAAAUACAAAACAAAAGUUUUAUUAUGCUUAUUAUUAUGUGGUUUUAUACAAAUUUUUUUCAUAUUAAAAUGAAUUUUUCAGUAACAAUAUGUUUAACUAGAAAAACUGAAUACUUUGAUUAAAAAAUCAAAUCAUAAUGAUCAUCUUAAUACUUAAUAUGAAAUUAUCUUAUUGAAAUUGAAAUUGUCUCGAAGCAAGUGUGCUAGGCUAAGUCUCUAUAGAUAUGUAUGUAAUUCAAUAUGUACUUUUUUAUGUAUGUGAUGUAUGUGUGUGUGCGUGUUUUUUUCGUUAGAGUAAAUGUAAAUUUGUAAAUGUAUGUUCUGAUAAUUUCAAUUAUUGAUUUAAACAGAAAAUGUAAUUAUUAAAUACAAAUAUAGAACAAUUCUGUAUGUAAAAGUAUACAAAUAAUUUUGGAGUACACAUUUGUGUCAAGCAGUCUGCACAAAUAAGUGUUUAAUUAUUAUGUGCAUUCAGUAAUUUAUAAUACUUUACUAGUGUCUGUCUUUAAAUAUAAUACGAAGGUGUUACAUGUUUAAAUCAGACCUACUAUCACGUAAUACAUAUGAUACCAAACAUGAAUGUAUCAGAUAAAAUGUUUAGUUGUUUAAAUUAAUCAUUUAUGCAGACUGUUUUAAAAAUCUUCAAACUACGGAAUACAUCUAAAGUAUUUUAUUAAAUUAAAAAACGAAAUUCGUCGCAGUAAUCUUAAAAAAAUAACAUAAUAAAUUAAGAACAUCCAAACAAAAUUCUCAUCUAUUAUUACAAAUUUAAAGAAUGUACUUAUUGUGCACAAAUAUUGUAAUACAAAAGGAAAUUUAAAAAUGCAGUGAUUAAAAUACAUUAUGAAUGCUUAGAUACAUAAUUACACACAUACAUAUGUACAUAAAAAUUUGUCAAUAAUAAUGAGAACUCACAUGAACCUAUAAUUCACAAAACGUUAUAAAACUGACUUCUUACUAACGUUAAUGUGGUUAAUGUUGUGUAUGCUUGUUCAAUAAAUCUAAAGCAACAGGAAUAAAUUUAUUAUUAACGAUUUUCUAGUA